GAAACACUGGGCCCGGGGAAGAGAAAGUAUCAUGCUCUAAUAAAUGAAGUGGGAUAGGACAUAGGAGAGUGUACAAUUCGUGCGUAACGCUUAACACACCAAAGAUGACAAGUUAUCAACAGCGAUGCACCACAAUCACAUUACUAUUACAACUUCUUCUUCUAAUCACCACCACUUCACCACCGUUACUCACUAAGGCGGAGUGCUCCUCUUACUCUUCCAUCUUCAGUUUCGGCGAUUCCCUCGCCGAUACUGGAAAUCUGUAUUUCAGUUCUCACCAACCUUCCGAUCACUGCUUCUUCCCUCCCUAUGGCGAAACCUACUUUCAUCAUCCCUCUAAUCGUUGCUCCGAUGGACGCCUCAUGAUCGAUUUCAUCGCUGAGUGGUUGGGGAUUCCAAUGUUGAAACCGUAUUUAGGAAUUAAGAAUGGUGAAUUGGAAGAUUUGAGUGUGAAUGAAGGAGUGAAUUUUGCUGUUAUAGGAGCAACGGCGUUGGAGGAUAGUUUCUUUGAAGAGAGAGGUAUUCAUAAUACUGUUACCAAUUAUUCCUUGAAGGUUCAGUUGAAUUGGUUCAAGGAUCUUCUUCCUACUCUCUGCAACUCUUCCAAAAGCUGCCAUGAAGUUUUUGGAAACUCAUUAUUUCUUGUGGGAGAGAUUGGAGGCAACGACUUCAAUUAUCCUUUAUUUUUACACAAGAGCAUAGCAGAGAUUAAAACAUAUGUGCCAAAUGUAAUCAAUGCAAUAACUUCAACAAUCAAUGAGUUGAUUGAUCUAGGGGCAAGCAACCUCAUGGUCCCUGGGAAUUUCCCAUUGGGAUGCUUUGCAAUCUAUUUAACAAAGUAUGAAACCACAGAUAAGAACCAAUAUGAUUCAGCUGGUUGCUUGAAGUGGUUAAACGAAUUUUCUGAAUUUUAUAACCAGAAGCUCCAAUAUGAGAUACAAAGACUAAGAGGAAUUCAUCCUCAUGCUAAUAUCAUCUAUGCUGAUUAUUACAAUGCUGCAUUGCCAUUAUAUCAUCAUCCCACAAAAUUUGGUUUUACAGGUUUCAAAUCAUGUUGUGGAAAGGGAGGUCCAUAUAAUUACAAUGGAUCAGAACCUUGUGGUAACCCAGGCGUGAUUGCUUGUGAUGAUCCUUCUAAGUAUAUUUCAUGGGAUGGUCUUCAUUUGACUGAGGCCGCAUAUGGAUUGAUCGCUGAUGGUAUCAUUAACGGACCAUGUUCUGUCCCUCAAUUUAGGUCCUUGUGCUCCAUGAAUGUGAGCUAUGGAUAUGGAUAUUUCAAUAGCUAGAGCAUUUUACCUGUCAGGCUGCGACUAAUACAUAGUCUCUCUAGUUCUGAAUAUAAGAAAAAAUGUACUUUUUACUUGUAGUAUACCAAAGCAUACAUAUCUUUCAAGCAUGUAUACAAAACUGAGUUUUCACUUGCUGCAGUCUUUAACAAUUACUGAAGUUGCAUUUGAGUUCAACAUUGUCAAGGUUUUUGGAUUGUGCAAUCUAUAUAUGUGUUAGGAGUAGGACACCUUAUCAUUUGAGCUAGUUUUUAAGAGCAAAUCCAAACUCAAUUAAUAACAAUAACUAUGUAGAUUUUAA